AUGGAGCAACUUCAAGAGAACCAAGUUGUCCUUCAGGAAGAAGUAUCCCAAAUACGGUCCCAAAUGCGGCAGUUGAUGGAGACUAUUCAAGCAGUCGCAAGAGGCCAAGAGGUUAUGGCAAAAAUGCAAGAAGAAAUGAACCAACGUGCCAGUACUACCAAUCCUCCUACCCCUCCAGCGGUCGAGACUCCGACUCCAGUUCCUCAAGUUGAUCCUCCAAUUAACAUUAAUGCACCCGGCGGUGUUCCAAACGACAACCCUCGUCCUCAUGUUUUUGAGAUAGACGACCAACACGAUGCAUUCUUCAGCCCAAGGGAUGCUUCUCAGGAUGACGCCUUCGGUUCAGCAACCAACGAGGUGGAGAGGAAGGUAAAGGCUAUCGAGGAAAAGCUCAAGGCAAUGGGGAGCACUGAUGCUUUGGGCCUUGAUGCGGCAGAAAUGUGCUUGGACUCCCUCAGUGGGGCAUCUUUGGAUUGGUACAUGCAACUUGAGGGCAACCAUAUUCACACCUGGAGGGAUAUGGCCGAGGCAUUCCUCAAGCACUAUCAGUACAACACUGAUAUGGCACCUAAUCGCAUGCAGUUGCAAAAUCUGACUCAGAGGUCUGAGGAGUCCUUCAAAGAGUAUGCUCAGCGAUGGAGGGAAUCAGCUGCUAGGGUACAACCCCCAUUGCUAGAAAGAGAACUGGUAGACAUGUUUAUGGGAAACCUACAAGGUCCAUACCUUGAUAGAAUGGUAGGGAGCACCUCUUCGGGCUUUUCUGACCUGGUCUUAGCCGGUGAAAGGAUAGAAAAUAUGAUUAAAAUGGGAAAGAUCCAGAACUCUGCCAAUACUUUUAGUGCAUCGAAGAAAUCUUUUGUUCCCUACGGUAAAAAACGAGAAGGCGAGACCAAUGCUGCCUCCAUCAUUCGAACAAGAAAUCUCACUUAUCCACAAGUAGCUGCCAUACCUCCCGUCCAACCAAGUCAACAACAACCAUUUGCAAUUCCUAUUCAAACUCAACAACAACAACGGGAGUUAGGACCCCCACCAGCGGUUCUUCCUCCCGAUUAUGAUGCAAAUGCCCGCUGUGAAUUUCAUUCUGGCGCUCCUGGACAUUCGAUCGAGAAUUGUAAAGCAUUAAAGUACAAGGUUCAAGAUCUUAUUGAUUCUAAGGCAAUCACGUUUGCCCCCAAGGGGCCGAGUGUAAAUAAUAACCUGAUGCCCCCUCACAACAAUGCAUCAGUGAAUAUGAUGGAAGCUGACAAUGGAAGGAGAUUGAUAUCCUGUGUGGACGAGUUAAAAACACCACUCAUCGAGAUCAAGAAUGCUUUAAUGAAGGAUAAUGCAUUUCCCAUCUGUGACUGCCCGUCCACAAAGGAAGAUGUGUAUACCCUCGAGAUACCAUACGACGAAGUCCCUCCUCUGCAAAUUCCAUAUGACUUCUCUCAGUUAACUCUGUCGACAAAUCCUGUUACUCCAAUCAUAAUAACAAUUCCCACACCAUUCCCAUAUGUUGACACCAAGGCAGUCCCAUGGAUGUAUGACACCUCAGUCUACAUUCAUGGUCAGAAGAUUCAAGAAGAACCGUUAAAGUCUAGUGAUCCAAUGAUCAAUAUCACCAACACUAGCAGAAUCACGAUAAGUGGAAGGAUAUUUGCGCCGACACCCACUCCAAUUGGAACUAUCAAUCCUUCAACUUCAGACAAAGGCAAACAAAUUGAUGGCGCUCAGCAAAGACAAGACCUCGCACCUUCCAAUUAA